AUGGGAAGAAAGAAGAUUAUUGGUGACAAUUGCAUUGAGAUGAUCAACCUUGAAAAUGGGCAAAGUGGAACUAAAUCAGCUACCUGGAAUCCUCAAACCGUAGCUAUAUUUUGCGACUUAUGUAUCAAAGAACUUAGGAAAGGACAAAGGCCUGGUACUCACUUUAAUAAAGAAGGAUGGGCUAGCUUGGUUGCAAACUUUCAUGCAGAGACUGGAAAUAACUAUGACAAAUCACAAUUGAAGAACAAGUGGGAUUUACUAAAAAAAGAAUGGAAAUUAUGGAAAGAUCUGAUUGGGAAGGAAACUGGCCUUGGUUGGAAUCCCACUAAAAAUACUGUUGAUGCAUCAGAUGAAUGGUGGAGGAAUAAAAUCCAGAUAAAUCCACAAUAUGCGAAAUUGCGUGUUCGAGGCAUCAAUCCUGAUAUGGAGGCGAAGUUGGAUAUGAUGUUUAAUGGCGCUGUAGCUACCGGUAAAUAUGCUUGGGCUCCUUCUUCUGAUCUGCCAUCGCCUUAAAAUGAGAAAGCUCCAAAGGACAACGUUAUUUCGUUGGAUGAUAAUCUUGAUUAUGAGGAGUUUGACCUCAAUGAAAGUCCACAGUCAGCUCAAGUUACC